GGAACAGUACCCACAAUAAAAAGCUGAAAAGAAAGGAAAACGAGAUCUACCUCGAACCUCUCUCCACCCUCCACCACUACACACAAACACACACACACCCCUCUUCUUCCAACAACAACAACAUCACCACUACUAUCAUACCCAUCCUCCUCCCUUCACUUUCUCUCUCUAUAUCCUUCAAUUAAAUUCUAGAGAGAGAUUCUCCUCACAAAGAAUCAAAUCCCUGUCUCCACCUCCACUGCCACCACCACCACCACCAACAACGCUUUUCCUUUCUUUAUCCUAAACCGUUAAAUUAAAAAAAAAAAAAAUGAAUACCCAUUUGUUUCAAUUCAACACCCACAUCACAAAAUCUUGUCUUUAUUGAAAAUCAGUCCAAACCAGUGAGCAUAGAAGGGAAACAGGGAAGUGGGGUGUGUCAGAUUUGAGGAACAAACAAUGAGGGAAGAUGAUUCGAAUUGGUUUUCAAGAUGGGAAGAGGAACUACCUCGCCAAGAUGAACUCAUGCCCUUAUCACAAACCCUAAUCACCCCUGAUCUAGCCGUGGCCUUCGACAUCAGAAACCCACAACAACAACAACAACAGCAACAACCACUACCACCACCUCCUUCCAACCCUUCUUCUCUCCCUUCCCCAACCAACCCCACACAACCCACCUCCGCCGAGUUCGCCGAUUCCGGCGAACUCGGCUCCGGCACCGCCGGCGAGGAACCCGCCCGCACCCUCAAGAGGCCACGCCUCGUGUGGACCCCACAGCUCCACAAGCGCUUCGUCGACGCCGUGGCGCACCUUGGGAUCAAGAACGCCGUGCCCAAGACCAUAAUGCAGCUCAUGAGUGUUGACGGUUUAACCAGAGAAAACGUCGCCAGCCAUUUGCAAAAGUAUCGCCUUUACCUCAAACGCAUGCAGGGGAUUUCCUCCGCCGGAGCCGGCGGCGCCGGCGGUGGAGGUGGCGGUGCAGCCGUCGCCGACCCCGCCACGGACCACUUGUUUGCGAGCUCCCCCGUGCCGCCGCAUUUCUUGCACCCGGCGGCACGGGCUAAUUCCGAGCAUUUCAUGCCGUUUGUGCCUGUCCCCGCCCUCCAGCACCACCACCACCACCAACAGCAGCAGCAGUUGGCGGCGGCGCAGUAUCACCGGCAGGUGGGGCAUUUUGGGUCGCCGCCGAAUGGUCACUUUGAGAAUCCCUUCCUUUCUAGGCAGUCUCAGCAGCAGCAGCUUCAUAGGAUUGGGGCACCUGUGCACAACCCUGUACCUGGUUAUGUAGAGGACAUGGAAUCAGCUAACGCAGCAUCAGGAGGGAGAAAGGUUCUUACUUUGUUUCCAACCGGAGAUGAUUGAAUUUGGGAUAUAUAUAGUAUAGUGGACUAGUUGUCUGGUCUCCUUAGUUCCACCUUAUUGUUGUCUUGUGAAGUGAAGUUAAUGUUUGGUGGUGGUGGUGGUGUAUUUGAGUUUGGUCAGGGUCUUUGUUGUUAAUUUGUGUUAGGGUUAUUGAUAAUCUUGGUGUUACUAAUUGGUAUAGGAGUUCAGAUUAAGUCUGCAGAUCUAAAAGCUCCAGCAGCGCAGUCAUGCUUUUGUGGCAUACUCAGGUGGGGUCUCAUGAUAAUGAGUAUUUGAAAUCAAUUGGUUGAGAUUCUACUUUGGUGUCCUCCCUGUAGAAAACUCAUUCUGUAAUUACCUUGUUGGUAGCAGUCUAUAUGGUUUAGCUUCUGGUGACUGACAUUCAUCAUGAUGUCACUUUUGGACAGCAAUAAUGUCUUUUGAGUCUUUUUGUGAAUUAGUAGUUGUGUGCUGUUAGGACUUCCUCUAUGUUGAUUUAUCCCAUAGUUGUCCGGGAAUCGGCUUCAGCUCAACGUGAUCCAGAGUGUUACUGCUUGGGAAGUUUUCUAUUGGCAUUCAUGGCAGGAGUGGCAAAAGCAACAAGCUUGGUAUUUAUGUCUGCAGGUGGUAAUAAAUACGGAUUACACUCGGUAGAAACUAAUGGAAGCAUAUCUGGUUAGCACAUUUGGUUGUGAAUUCUUCCACUAAAUCCGGGAACCUCUAUUGCGAAAGACUUGUUUCCUCUGUGUCAAGUUUUGUGUCCUGUAGAGGUGAGUUGUACAUUGUUUGAUUCUAUAGAAGACUUAAAUGCCUGAUGUAAGGCAAUCGUUUAAAAUUCUAAUCUUACUCCAGUGUGGGGUUAAUUUCUAUAUUCUAGAUGAACUCAAGUAAACUAGUUUCCAUAAUUUGUAGGUUUACGUUGCUUAAAAGAAAACAAUAAGUUUAUGUUUACUUAGUUGUGUAUUUCUUCUUUGACUAUAAUUCCCUAUUCCCUCAUGUUCUAAGUAGUGAGGCUCCUAGUGAGUCGUACUAUUUGAUGAUCAAUUUGCUCAUGACCAGUAUAUUGCUAUACUACACAUUAUAGGCAUAAGGGAUACUGUUCCAACUGUUUACAUUGGCUUUCU